AUGAUUAAACUUUUCUCCCUCAAACAGCAGAAAAAGGACGAAGAAUCCGCCGGAGCGAACAGGAGCGGCAGUGGGGGCAAGAAGGCCAGUGCUGCCCAGCUCAGGGUGCAGAAAGAUAUAAAUGAGUUAAAUUUGCCGAAAACGUGUGAGAUCAACUUUCCCGAUGAUGAUGACCUGCUCAACUUCAGACUCAUCAUCUGCCCUGAUGAGGGUUUUUACAAAGGAGGGAAGUUUGUGUUCAGUUUUAAGGUCGGACAGGGAUACCCCCACGACCCUCCCAAGGUGAAGUGUGAGACCAUGGUCUACCACCCCAACAUCGACAUGGAAGGAAACGUGUGCCUCAACAUCCUGCGAGAGGACUGGAAACCUGUGCUCACGAUAAACUCCAUCAUCUACGGCCUUCAGUACCUUUUCCUCGAGCCUAACCCUGAAGACCCGCUGAACAAAGAGGCCGCAGAAGUGCUGCAGACGAAUCGUCGUUUGUUUGAGCAGAACGUUCACCGCUCCAUGAGAGGAGGCUACAUUGGCGCCACCUAUUUCGAACGCUGUCUGAAGUGA